AUGUCACAGGUUAUCGACGCUCCAACUGAGGCUGUCAUCUUUGACCUCGGCGGCGUGAUUCUCCACUCGCCCUUUGCCGCGAUAGCCGAGUACGAGACGCGACUCGGUGUCGGGCAGAACACUGUCAACGCGGUCAUCGGAGCAUCUGGCAGCGGUGGCGCUUUUGCGCGGCUCGAGCGCGGCGAGUUGACGAUCGAGUCGUUCAGUGACGCCUUUGCGGCGGACUGUAAAGUGGCGGGUGCACCGUCCAUCAUUGACGGCGGGGAGCUUAUCCGGGUCAUCCUGGAUAGCUGCACGCCGCGGCCGCUCAUGACGGAGGCGCUGGGCAUCCUCCGCGAAAGCAGGGUACGGACCUGCGCGCUGACAAAUAACUUCCGGAGCGCCACGGGCGACGACCGCCUCGCCUCGUCCAUUCGGGAGCUGCAGCCGCUCUUCGACGAGAUCGUGCAGUCGGCGGAGGAGGGGCUGCGCAAGCCCGACCCGGCCAUCUACGAGCUGGCCAUCUCGCGGCUGGGCGUGCCCGCAUCGGCCUGCAUCUUUGUGGACGACAUCGGGAGGAAUCUGAAGCCGGCCCAAGCACUCGGCAUGCGCACCAUCAAGUGCGACGUGAGCGACGCUAGUGGGGCGCGUGCGCUCAAGGCGCUCAGCACGCUGGUCGGAGGCCAGGCGGGACCCGCGCUGCAGCGGUGGCUGAGGAGGGCGAGGCUGUGA